UUACUGCGCAUGUGCGGAACCCCGAAGAUAUGACGCGUGACCUAGCCUCCUCCAAUAGGCCUUGAAUCGAGGAACCGGAUGCGGAAGUGAACAGAGAGCCAGCAGAGAGCCAGCCAGCCUGUUGUUGUGUUGCUGAAGUGAUCUAACGUUACAGAGGAUGGCGGAUGAGGAGGACGAGCCGGGCUACGACGAGGAGCUGGAUGACGGGUCCGGCGGAGGAGACGUCGGCCACGGGAAGAGGAAGAGGCUGUUCUCCAAGGAGCUCCGCUGUAUGAUGUACGGCUUCGGAGACGACCAGAACCCGUACACCGAGUCCGUGGACAUCCUGGAGGACCUGGUCAUCGAGUUCAUCACGGAGAUGACCCACAAAGCCAUGUCCAUCGGCCGGCAGGGCCGCGUCCAGGUGGAGGACAUUGUCUUCCUCAUCCGGAAGGACCCCAGGAAGUUCGCCCGAGUCAAAGACCUCCUGACCAUGAACGAAGAGCUCAAGAGAGCCCGCAAAGCUUUCGACGAAGCCAACUAUGGCUCCUAACCUCCUAACCUCCUUACCUCCUUACCUCCUCGCCUCCUAACCUCCUUACCUCCUUACCUCCUCACCUCCUAAGCUCUGUAAGAUAACGUUCCAUCUGAUCUGGUUCAUGUCUCUUUAGUGUCUGUCCUACAGGAGUCCUGACUGGCUGUUCAAAGUCUGUUUUUUAGUGAUCUGAUGUUUAUUAUUUUAUAUGUUGGUAUGAUGACAGUGACUUUCUCAAUAAAGACACUUAACGUCACA